AUGUCUGGAUCACAUAGACCUAACAGAAAGUCCAGCGAUUUUAGUAUAGCUCGGAUACUAUCUCGAAGUUCAAAUAAGACCAAUCAAUCAACAAAUUUACAUUUAAUUAUGAAUAAAUUGGCAAAAGACCGUGUAAAAAUUCCAGAAAGUUAUAAUGAUACAAGACAUUGUCACGAAUCUAAUCAAUCAAUUUUUAAUACAAGUACAGUUGACAAUGAUAACUUAUCAAGAACGCAAUUUGGAUUUUUUAUCGGUGAAACUCAUUGUGCACCAUCAUCUUCAUCAACAACGAAUGAUAGUGAAUCAAUAAAAACUCCUAAUAAUAUCAAGUGUGAAUUACCUCGUGAUGAUGAUAAUAAUAAAUUAUUGCCGAAUAAUAAUCUUUCUUGGCUUCAGUGUACACGUUAUCGGCCACCAAAGUUACCGAGAAAAUCAUUAGCAGGCAAAAUAUGCAAAAGAAAACCCGCAACUCAUCCAAGGAUUCCAUUCACCUCUUUUCAAUUGCAAACACUUGAAGAAAAAUAUAAAAAAAGUGCUUAUCUAUCGCGCAAAGAUGUUGUACAAUUGUCAACAAUUUUACGUUUACCUCACAAUCGAAUUAAAAUUUGGUUUCAAAAUCGUCGAGCGCGAGAUAGAAGAGAAACCCAAAUAACCAAUAGCUUAAUUUAA